AUGGAAGAAUUAGCGCGGAACUAUCACUAUUUGGAAGGCCUGCCGGUUGAUGCCUAUCGCAACGUCCGACCGCUGAUGCUCAUUGGAAUGGAUAACUACCGCUUGGGUCAUGCGCUGGACAGCAGGGAAGGACCUAAGGAGGAACCGAUCGCUACAAGAUCACGCUUGGGCUGGAUAGUGUUCGGACCUUGCUCUUUAGGAUCCCAACCAGCGACGAACUUCACAGCACAUCACAGCUUCCACGUGUGCCCAUGUUGCGAGCGGAGUGACGCAGAGUUCCAUAAUGCGGUUAAAGCUUACUUUUCACUGGACAGUAUUGGAGUAACGAGCCCUGUGAAACCACUUUUAUCGAAAGACGAUGAACGAGCGGAACAGUUGCUGAAGUCCAUGACCCAAGUGAAGGAAAGGCGGUAUGAAACAGGAUUACUUUGGCGGUACGAUGAUGUUCGACUGCCGGACAGCAAGCCGAUGGCGAUGAGACGUCUGAUUUGCUUAGAAAAGAGAAUGCAACGUGACCCUAAACUAGCUGAAGCAUUGAAGGAGAAAAUACGGGAUUACGAGCGAAUCGGGUACAUCGAGAAGCUGACAGAUAGCCAACUCGCCGAGAAAUUCACACGCGUCUGGUACCUCCCAAUAUUUCCUGUGGUUAACCCAAAUAAACCGGGGAAGAUGCGUAUUGUUUGGGACGCCACCGCAAAGGUAGCGGGAGUAUCGCUGAAUUCAUACCUGCUUACUGGACCGGAUCUACUCACUUGUCUUGUAUCCGUCCUUCACCGUUUCCGGGAAUACCGAAUUGCCAUUACGGGUGACAUUCGAGAAAUGUUCCUUCAGGUGUUGAUGAACUGGCUCGAUCAACAAUGCCUAAGAUUCCUAUGGCGGAACGGAGAACUAAACCGUAGUCCAGAUGUUUAUGUGAUGAAAGUAAUGGCAUUCGGAGCAACGUGUUCACCAAGCUGUGCGCAGUAUGUAAAGAACCACAAUGCGCAACGGUUCCAGGAUCAGUUUCCAAGGGCAGCUGAAGCGAUAGUGAAACAACAUUACGUUGAUGAUAUGCUCUCUAGUGUCGAGACGGAACAAGAGGCGAUAAAGCUAGCGAAAGAUGUCCAGUUUGUUCACGCACAGGCAGGGUUCGAAAUACGGAAUUGGUUGUCGAACUCAAGUCGAGUGCUGCGAGAACUAGAAGCAAUGCCAGGAGAGAAAAGCCUUAGUAUGCCGAGCGAGAUGGGAACGGAAAAAGUCCUUGGCUUGUGGUGGUGCACUGCUACCGAUACGUUUGCCUUCAAAUUAUCGUCAAGGAUUAACGCCGAGUUACUUCAGGGUCUCAUCGUACCAACAAAAAGGCAGAUCCUAAGUACACUGAUGAUGAUCUACGACCCUCUGGGACUACUGGCGCACUUCCUAAUGUUCCUGAAAAUACUACUUCAGGAAAUUUGGCGUAGCGGUGUUAAUUGGGACGAUCCUAUCAAGAACGAGCAGUGGGAGAAAUGGCAGACGUGGUUACGAGUUCUUCCGCAAGUGGAGACUGUCAGCGUGCCUAGAUGUUACCGGAUGAAGACGAGCACAGGCGAACGGAAUGUGAUUCAGCUCCAUGUGCUCGUGGAUGCAUCUGAAAACGGGUUUGCUGCAGUUGCCUACCUGCGAUUUGAAGAAGAUGGCGUAGUGGAAUGUGCGCUCGUCGGCGCGAAGACACGGGUAGCUCCAUUGCGAUUCGAGUCAAUUCCCAGACUAGAACUUCAGGCAGCCGUAAUCGGAGCCCGCUUGGCGAACGACAUUCUAGAGUCACAAAAGCUGAAACCUACAGAACGUUUCUUUUGGUCAGAUUCACGCGACGUUCUUUGCUGGCUGAACUCAGAUCACCGCAAAUAUAGCCAAUUCGUAGCGGUGCGAAUAAGCGAGAUGUUGGAAUUGACAGAACCAAAAGAAUGGAACUGGAUCCCAUCAAAGCUGAAUGUUGCUGACGAUGCCACGAAAUGGCAGAGGCUACCGGAUCUUUCACCUGCAAGUCGUUGGUACCGUGGUCCUGAAUUCCUCUGGGGAUUGAGAGAGCAAUGGCCAGUUGCUAUGUCGAGAUUCGAUAGCACCGCGGAAGAAAAGCGUCCGCAUGUACUACACCACUCCGUCGAACGUGCACUGUUCAGGUGGGAAGACUUUUCCAGAUGGAAACGUUUGCUGCGCCAUGUGGCCUUCGUAAAGCGAUAUCCAUCGAAUCUACGCAAAAGACUAUCGAAGGAGCCUAUUGUCACCGGUCCGCUAACUCAGAGGAGCUGA